CCAUGUCAUCAUCAUCAUCGACUCGGACGUGAAAGCAACUCGACUGAAAGAGCUGUUGUAGGAAUGUCAAGACGCGCGAAACCGAAGACACCAGAAGGCAGCACGCUGGAGCGUCUCGUAUUGGCCCAGUCCAGCUGGGAAGUCGGAACUGCCUCUUGGCUGAAGAUCUCUCGCAUUCUCGCCAAACAUCCCUUGCUUGCGCAUCGGAAAACAUUCUUUUCUGCUCAAUCUUGUCAUGCGCUCUAUAAUCUUAUGAUGAAGGACUGUGGGUUUGAAUUAACCGAGGCGUCUCACAACCCACAAGAGCCGAUACAUCUCAGACUUGCGGAAAAAUACUACUCAGAACGCGUCGAAGAGUUGCGCGGUCUCAUUCAAGCUGAGGAACAACAGUUUAUGUCCAUCACCGCGGAAAUAGACUCUUUACGAUCUGGAAAGAGCGAUGCAGUGAUAGAGGAAUCAGUGCUGCCAACCGACGAUAUUCCAGCAAUCGAGGCAGAUAAAACCCCUUCUUCAGAAGCCACUGUUGCGCCAGAAACAUCUCCUAAACCUGACCCACCGACAGUAGACUCCACACCGAUUGAACUAGACCCUCCAGAGGCAUUGCCAACUCAAGAAGGGAUCCAAGCUGCCGAAGGCGAACUUGCGACUCAACCUACUCCUCAACUUGAAACAGAGGAAUCCAUAACUGAACCAGCCUUUGAGGAAGCUCAUAACGAGUCGCCGGUUGAUGAACAGGGUCACACGAGCAUUACUGCGCCUGAAGAACCUCGACUGCCUGAAGAACCUGAACUGGAAGUCGAGCAGUCUGAAGGCCCAGAUGAUGUUGUGCCAAUUGAAGAUGUAACGAUGCGUGAAGAAUCCCCUCCCUCCAUUCCUCAGCCUCCACCACCGAAGAAGCGAGGUCGAAAACCGCUGCAUAAACCAACACCAGAGCCUGAUGCUGAUGCGACUGACUCGGCGCUAGAAACACUCGCAGAGGACGACAUUCCUUUGUCUGCUAUCGGCCGGAAACGAGAAGGCAAACGCAAGGCGUCAUUCAUGGGAGGCAUGGACUCACCUCGCGAGCGGAAACGAGCGAGAGAGGACUCUGAACCUGCAGAAGAUGAGGAUCCAUCAGCAUCUUCGACUGCUCUCCGCCGUAAUAAGCCAACAGGAGUCGCUCAAAAGCGCUUCCAAACCGUUAUCACUAUGGUCCACUCGCAAAUCUCACAACACCGAAAUGGCAAUAUUUUUCACAACCCCAUCAAGACUUCUGAAGCGCCAGAUUACCACGACAUCGUAAAGCGACCAAUCGACCUGAAAACGAUCAAAGCCAAAAUCAAAGACGGCCUCAUCAGCAAUUCUCUCGAGUACCAGCGCGACAUCUACUUGAUGUUUGCGAAUGCCAUGAUGUACAAUCGGCCAGGUUCAGACGUCCACACAAUGGCUGAAGAUAUGAUGAUUGAAAGCGAUGCCCAUAUCAAUGCCUUCCGUUCGGUAGGGAGCGAUCACCUGACUUACUAG